AUGGCCCCCGAGUUGAGAAAGCGCAAGGCGCCCGCGACUGAGCCUGUUGCAGCUCCGCCUGCAAAGAAGAAGGAACCAGUUGCAAAGGCCGCCGCAAAGGUCAAGCAAGCUGUCUCCAGCCGCGCAAAGGAAGCUAAGACCAACGGCGCAUCCGGCGCGUCAGGCGCAUCCAAGAUCGCGGUGGGAGACACAAUCGACCUCGAAGGAUUUGGCGGCGAGAUCGAGACCAACGAUGGUACGAAGACGACACUCAAGUCGCUCGUCGAUGAGAGCAAGGGAGGGGUAGUUCUGUUCACCUAUCCCAAGGCAUCUACUCCAGGCUGUACCACUCAAGUAUGUAAUUUCCGCGACGCCUACACCGAUCUCACCUCCACCGGCUUUGCCAUCUAUGGUCUCUCAAAGGACUCGCCAAAGAGCAACACUACUUUCAAGGAGAAGCAGAAGCUCCCCUAUCCUCUUCUUUGCGAUCCCAGUUUGACCCUCAUCUCUGCGAUCGGCUUGAAGAAGCAGCCCAACGGUACCACCCGUGGAGUCUUCGUUGUUGAUAAGUCCGGAAAGGUCCUUGCUGCCCAGGCAGGUUCUCCCGGAGGUACAGUCGAUGUCGUCAAGAAGCUUGUUAGCGAUGGAACUACAGCAACUGAUCCAGCUGUUGAAGAACCCAAGACGGAAGACACUGCCAAUGGCGCCAAUGUAGCUGAGACUACCGCCAAAGAGGAUAUCGCCCAGGCUGAUGUGGCAGCUCAAGUUGCUGAUACCGCCGAGAAGAUUGAUAGCAAUGAGGAAAAGCCUGCUGAAGUUUAA